AUGGAAAGUGCCUCCAGGCCGCUGCACCGGAGUCUUCAAGUGUUUGCUGUGCUUCAGUGGGUCUUUUCCUUCUUGGGACUUGCCCCGCUGUGCCUGGUGACAUUGAUUCUAGCCUCCCUAGGCAGGGCUUGGACCCUUGUGGUCCUCUACCUGCUCUGGCUGUAUCGAGACAGACACACGCCCAGGAUGGGGGGUCGCCGGUCUGCUUGGGUCCGCAACUGGGCAGUCUGGAGGCAUUUCCGAGACUACUUUCCCAUCACGCUCGUUAAAACGGCCGAGUUGAAUCCAUCCCAAAACUACCUUUUUGGUUUUCAUCCUCACGGGGUCCUGGUUGUUGGGGCCUUCAGCAACUUCUGUACAGAGGCCACAGGCUUCUCCCGUCUCUUUCCGGGUCUCAAGCCACAUCUACUCAUGCUACCAUGUUGGUUCCAAAUGCCUCUCUUCCGAGAUUACAUUAUGACCAGUGGGUUAGUCUCUUCUGACAAGGCUAGCGCUUCCUAUCUCUUGUCCCACCCUGAGGGUGGCCGGGUGGCCGUUCUGGCUGUGGGAGGUCCCCUGGAGGCUUUGGAGGCAAAGCCUGGAACAGUGAGUUUGCGGCUCCGGCAUCAGAAAGGAUUCAUUAAGUUAUCACUGGAACACGGGGCCUCUCUCGUGCCGGUCUUCUCCUUUGGAGAGAAUGACCUCUUCCAGCAGUUUCCCAACCCGCCAGGCUCCUGGAUACGGAGGAUGCAAGAGGCACUUCAGACGAUACUGAAUGUGGCCCUGCCUCUCUUCCAUGGUCGCCUGGGUCUCCUGAUACCGUUCCGUGUGCCCAUCCACACUGUCGUGGGCGCCCCGAUUCCAGUGCCUCGAAGCCCCAGGCCCAGUAGGGAACAGGUGGACCAGCUGCACAAGUUAUAUGUAGAGCGUCUCACGCAGCUGUUUGAGGACCACAAGAUGUGCUAUGGGGUCCCUGCUGAUCAACAUCUUGUCCUGAUCUAG